GCGCGCGUGACUGCGGGUUGAGCUGACCUGACCAUGGGGGACGUCGAGAAGGGCAAGAAGAUCUUCGUGCAGAAGUGUGCCCAGUGCCACACCGUGGAGAGCGGGGGCAAGCACAAGACCGGCCCCAACCUGAGCGGGCUCUUCGGCCGCAAGACCGGCCAGGCCCCGGGCUUCUCCUACACCGACGCCAACAAGAACAAAGGCAUCACCUGGACCGAAGACACGCUGAUGGAGUACCUGGAGAACCCCAAGAAGUACAUCCCCGGCACGAAGAUGAUCUUCGCCGGCAUGAAGAAGAAGACCGAGAGAGCCGACUUGAUAGCCUACCUUAAGCAGGCCACCAAGGAGUAACCCUGGUCUGCUGCCUUAUUUAUUCUAGUCGGAGGUCUCUCCUUUUUUUACAUGUACCAUAACGACCCUAUUUAAAUUGGUUUCAUUAACCUGAGAAUUUUGAUCAUGAAUGGCUGUUAAAAAACCUUGUUCAGCAGUCCUAAUAAAGGAAUUAUGUAGAUUAGGAAAAAAAAA